AUUUCGGACCUGCAACGUCGUAUCACCAUUUACUUCCUAUUCUCUUCAAGCAGUGCCCAUUUAACAACUUUUAUUCCUUUUUCCAUUUUUUUUUUUACACGGAUAAACGUUUGGGGGAUAGAUCUUUUAUGGUCCUGGCCGAAGACUCCACGAUGUCUCGCACGGACGAGGUUCACCGAUUGACGGAAAAUGUCUACAAGACCAUCAUGGAGCAGUUCAACCCCUGCUUACGGAACUUUGUUGCCAUGGGAAAGAACUACGAGAAGGCCCUUGCCAAUGUGACAUUUGCAGCCAAAGGCUACUUUGAUGCGCUGGUGAGAAUGGGCGAGCUGGCCAGCGAGAGUCAAGGAGCCAAAGAUUUGGGGGAUGUGCUGUUCCAGAUGGCCGAGGUCCACAGACAGAUCCAAGUGCAGCUGGAGGAGAUGCUGAAAUCUUUCCACAACGAGCUGCUGUCAGAGCUGGAGAAGAAGGUGGACCUGGAUGCCCGCUACCUGACUGCCGCGCUGAAGAAGUACCAGAUGGAGCACAAAAGCAAAGGGGACAGUCUGGAGAAGUGCCAGGGGGAGCUGAAGAAGUUGCGCAGGAAGAGCCAGGGCAGCAAGAACCCCUCCAAGUACGGCGAGAAGGAGAUGCAAUUUGUGGAGACCAUCAGCAGCAAGCAGACCGAGCUGGACACCUUCAUCGCCGAGGGCUACAAGACGGCCUUGUCCGAGGAACGUCGGCGGUACUGCUUCCUGGUGGACCGCCAGUGUGCCGUGGCCAAGAACAGCAGCGCCUACCACGGCAAGGGUAAAGACCUCCUGACCCAAAAGAUCCCAGUGUGGCUGCAGGCCUGUUCGGAUCCCAACAAACUCCCAGAGAGGGCCGUGCUCUUGGCCCAGCAGAUGGGCUCAGGAAACGUAGGCGGCACAAGCCCCAUGCACGCUUCAAAAUCCAACCUGGUCAUCUCUGACCCCAUCCCCGGAGCUCAGCCCCUUCCUGUGCCCCCGGAGUUGGCUGUAUUCAUGAGCGGUGGCCUCGGACACCAGGCGAGGCUGAUGGGCCCCGACGGAAUGUCCAUGGUCAACGGGACAACAGGAGCGCACGGCGAGGAGUACUGGUCGGACGGAGGCAAUUUAUCCCAAGUCAGACCUUCGUCUCCACAGACUCAGGCGCAGGUGCAGUCCCAGGCUCAGCCUCAGAGACAGGUCAGCGACGUCUACUCCAACACCCUGCCUGUGCGCAGGCCCGCACCUGCCAAGAAUAAGAACCCAGUGGGAGAGACCCGCACCCUUCCCCGCUCCAGCUCCAUGGCGGCGGGCCUGGAGAAGAACGGGCGCUCCCGCGUGCAAGCCAUCUUCUCGCACGCCGCCGGCGACAACGGCACCCUGCUCAGCUUCUCCGAGGGCGACGUCAUCACCCUGCUGGUGCCCGAGGCUCGCGACGGCUGGCACUACGGCGAGAACGAGAAGAACAAAAUGCGUGGCUGGUUCCCUUUCUCCUACACGCGAGUGCUGCCCGAGAGCGAUGGCGAGAAGCUCAAAGUGAAUCUGCAUCACGGGAAAAGUAGCAGCACGGGCAACUUGUUGGAGAGUGACGCAUCCCUGCCCACACCCGACUACGGCCUGACCGCCCGACUGUUGGCGCAAAGUCUAGCACAGACGCGCCCACGGCCCUACAGCAUGGCGGGCUUUGGCACCCAGCCCGCUAUCGAGGAUUACGACGCUCGCUUUGCCACGAGUGACAGUCCUGAUGGCAAAUUGAUAUCGACUGUGUGACAACACACAUUGUGACAGACAGCUGCCGAUAGCACAGGGGGCUCCUCCACCCUCCUCUUAGCCUCCCUCCACCCUGCUCUUUGCCUUCCUCCUUCCUGCCCCCUCCCCUGUCCUCCUCCUCCUCCUCUCUCCUCCUCUUCUUCCACCAAAGGCCGCUCUCAUCCCUCCUUUCUGUCCUCUCUUCCUUCCCCCGGGCGCGUCCUUUCCUGCUGCUGAUGGCUGCCUGGCGGUGGUGGCGGUGGGUGUCGCUGUUGGACAGUAGCGGUUGGUGGGUGGAGGAUUGCGUUGAGCGCAUUGACGCCCGAGGCGGGGCCUACCUGCUCGGCGUGCAGCGAUACGGACUCUGAGCGAACGUUGCUCGCCUGCUUUUGUCUUUUUUUCAUGCAUGUACAUGGUUGUGUCAUUUUGUGGCGCUCAAAAGAAAAAGGAGGUUCAUGUACUGUACAAGUGCCGAAAGACGCCAUCGUGACGGCGACACGGGAUCUUUUUUGUUUUGUUUUGUUUUGUUCAUUUCCAAUUAAAGGCUUCAUUAUGCUACAGCGUCGUCCCCACGCCUGCUUUAGUGGGAGAAUCUACAACUUUUCUUAAUUAGCUUUUUAGCUCGCGGUGUAGUACGCAGAUAUGGGUGUUGAAUUUGAUACUUUUAUAGGCACACUGCAA